AGUUUUGACCCCUCUGUCUCUCCAAAAGCCCCCUUAUUCUCUCUCUCUCUCUCCCUCAUUAACUUCCUGAACAUCUUCAUCCCUCAUAACACACAGAUUAUCUUCUCAUCACAGAUUAUCUUCACACAACAACAACAGAUUCACCAACUGCCUUUCUGUGUGAUUCAACUACACAAAAAUCACCUGUUUUGUUGCGUUUUCUGGAGCUAAUUCGUUCAAUUUUGUUGCUAGAUUGAACUAUUGAAGAUGCUUUGAUCGACCUUCGUUAACUAAAAUGACGUCAUCUGAAGUUUCAAGCAAAGGUAACAGAGACACGCUUUCUUCUUCGUGUAGAAAUGACGGAGUUGCUGAUUCGGUUAACGGCGUUCCGGUCUCCGGUCACGGUAAAGUUGAUGCGGAUAUGGCGCUUUACAAGCAUCUAUGGCGAGCUUGUGCUGGUCCGCUUGUUACGGUGCCACGUGAAGGGGAACUAGUGUUUUACUUUCCUCAAGGACACAUAGAACAGGUUGAGGCGUCUACCAAUCAGGUGGCGGAUCAACAGAUGCCGGUUUAUAACCUUCCGGCGAAGAUACUUUGCCGUGUUUUUAACGUCCAAUUGAAGGCCGAACCGGAUACAGAUGAGGUGUUUGCGCAGAUCACGCUGAUGCCUGAACAGAAUCAAGACGAAAAUGCAGUUAAGAAGGAAACACCGCUGCCUUCAGAAUCGAAGUUUCGUGUGCAUUCUUUUUGCAAGACGUUGACUGCUUCGGAUACUAGUACACAUGGUGGAUUUUCGGUUUUUAGAAGACAUGCUGAUGAAUGCCUUCCUCCAUUGGACAUGUCUAAGCAACCCCCAACACAGGAAUUGGUGGCCAAGGAUUUACACGGAAACGAAUGGCGUUUUAGGCAUAUAUUCCGUGGUCAACCACGACGUCAUCUGCUUCAAAGUGGUUGGAGUGUUUUUGUUAGUUCUAAAAAACUUGUUGCUGGUGAUGCUUUUAUCUUUCUCAGAGGCGAGAAUGGUGAUCUUCGAGUCGGGGUAAGACGUGCAAUGAGGCAGCAAGCAAACAUUCCUUCAUCUGUCAUCUCCAGCCAUAGCAUGCACCUUGGUGUCCUUGCGACAGCUUGGCACGCCAUUCAAACUGGAACAAUCUUUACAGUUUAUUACAAACCUAGGACUAGUCCUGCAGAGUUCAUAGUUCCAUUUGAUCAGUACAUGGAAUCUCUCAAGAAUAGUUACUCUAUAGGGAUGAGAUUUAACAUGAGGUUCGAGGGUGAAGAGGCUGCAGAUCAAAGAUUUACGGGAACUAUUGUUGGGAUUGAAGAACGCGAUCCAAAAAGCUCUUCCGAAUCUAAAUGGAGAUGUCUGAAGGUACGCUGGGAUGAAACAUCUUCCAUUCCUCGUCCGGAUAGAGUGUCCCCUUGGAAAAUAGAACCCGCCCUCAUGCCUCCUGCAAUUAAUACACUUCCGGUGCAAAGACAAAAAAGACCUCGGUCAAACGUUUUGCCUUCUUCUCCUGAUUCCUCUGUUCUCACUAGAGAAGGUUCAUCAAAAAUGGCUGCAACAGACCCUUCACCAGGAAGUGCGUUCUCAAGGGUCUUGCAAGGUCAAGAGUUAUCGACCCUGAGAGCCACUUUUGUUGAUAAUAAUGAGUCAGAUUCAUGCGAUAUACCAAUUCGAUGGACACCUUCUGUAACUACAGAUGAUGAAAAAGUUGACCUUUCCGUUUCUCGAUGUUACGGGUCGGAUAAACUUCUGCCUGUUGGCAGGACUGUUGAAUCCUCCUUCACAGAUCUAUUAUCGGGUUUCGGGUCCACCAACGGUUCCGUAAACGAGUUGUCUACACCAACCAGCGGUAAAACAAAUCCAUGGUCUGUUACACUUACACCCUCCAAUCUCUCACUCAGCGUGUUAGGCAGCAGUAUUAAAACCAAUCUUCAAUCUAGUCAAAUCUCAUACCCGAUAACAAGAGAUGAUAGGUAUAGCGCUUUUGAGGAUUAUACCCUUCAUCCUAGCCAGCAACACGGGAAGUGGCUGAUGCCUCCACCGCUUCCUUCUUAUCUCCAGACGCUUUCUCACUCCAGUGACGUCAUGCGAAAAUCGGUUAAACAAAAUGAAUCCAUGAGACCUAAAGAUGGAAGCUGCAAAAUAUUUGGUGUGCCCUUAGCUGCUAACAGAAAUGCGUCAGAUGUACGUCAGGGUUUGCAACCGCAACAGUACCUUGACUUUGACUCUGAUUUGAGGUCUGAACAAUCGAAGAAGUCGAAACCUGUUAGUAAUUUAGCGACCGGUCAAGAGCAAGAGAAAGAAUACCAGAGCUUCCAGUCAGUUGUGAGGGAUGGUCAUGUGAAACCUCAGACUGUUUCUACAAGAAGUUGUACAAAGGUUCAUAAGCAAGGGAUUGCCCUUGGUAGGUCUGUGGACCUCACUAAGUUUAACAACUAUAAUGAAUUGAUCUCCGAAUUGGAUGAGUUAUUCGAGUUCAAUGGUGAACUAAGGAACGGAAAUCGAAAUUGGUUAGUCGUGUAUACAGAUGAUGAGGGUGAUAUGAUGCUUGUCGGUGACGAUCCGUGGCAGGAAUUCUGUGGCAUGGUUCGGAAGAUGUUCAUUUACACGAGAGAGGAGGUUCAGAGAAUGAAUCCGGGGACUUUACAUUCAAGAGACGACGACAACUCAUCAGUAGCAGAAGCCACGGAUGAAAGGAAACUCGAGAAUGCAUGAGCCUUAAAUAAUAUUCAUAAUUAGCUAGGUGAAUUAACUAUUUGAGCUGCAUUGCAUGAAGACGGUCGAUCCAACUUCUAGAUGGAUUCCAGUCUUGGUAAUAUAUUAUUUUCAAUUUUGGACGCUGAAGCUAAUAUAUAUAUAUAUAUGAUACACAUAAGCGCGUAAUAUAACGAUCCGUGAGAUCGUUUUAUUCUGUAUAGUCUGUUCUGUUCUGUGCUCCAGUUUUUGCAUGAUGUUACAAGUUAUAUGUGAUUGAAGCCUGAACACUCAUCUAGUCAUCUUGUAUAGUUUAUAACAUAUGCUUAUGAUCAUGCACUUUGUUUUUGAGGCCACUUGGAAAGAAUAAAUUAGCUUAUAUAUGAUUUUAUAAAUAUAAGACUAGGUAUUAUGUUUUA